AUGGCUGGGCACAUUGACACGUGCGACGAACCGCCUUGUCUUGACUCUGCGACAACGCUGAAAGGAUUGUGGUUAUUUGGAUGCGGUCUUCUGCUCCAUGUGACUUAUGCCCUGCUCAACCUGGUGAUCAGAUCGGCAUGUGCUCGCCUUGUCCACUGGGUCAAAGAACCACGAAGUAAGCAAGACGCGACGUUCCUAAGUCAUGAGGGUGUCGACUUUACCAACCUGGACUACCUAAACUCGGCACGACAGAUGAUUGUCGUUCAGGACUUCAACCCUUACGCGAAUAGGACAAGGAAUCAAAUGCAGCAAAUCGGCAAGGCAGGAAUCAAUUUUGAGCGACUUCACGAAGCGCUUCUGGUCAGCGACAACCCCAGUGUACUCCAGAACUCAUCGGCUGCGGUCCAAGCACUGACGAUCGAGAUGAGCCAGGAUGAACUCGCAGCAACUUACACCAAAUUCCAAAAGCUUCGGCGCGGUUAUAGCUUCGGUGACACUGUACCCAGUGACAAUUCUCAAGCUCACUUAGGAGAUACGUUUGUGGUCUAUCGUGCUGCAGCACCACGAAACUUCAUGCCGGUCGCCGCUUUGUCUGGAAUAUUGGGCGGCAUCGCAGGCGGUAUCGUUGCGGUUGUGGGCAAUCGUUUUGUGAGCUCUGGUGACAAAGACGACAGGACCACCUCAAAUGCGAGCACUAUGAAGAACUAA